AAACAUAUUUUUAUUUUAUUUUAUUUUAUUUUGAGGAAACAGGUACAGCAUUUGUUUUGCAUCGACUAGAUCGUGUUAGAAAUAAAAGAUAGCGAAAACCCUCGCGAGAGAGUAGCGAAAAAGGAGUACUUUCUAGGGGUUUAGGAAAAGGGAAUGCAAAAACUGAACCAAACCCAUUAAUUCACUUAUCAAAUCUGAUACCAAAUUGCAUUCUGUUUGCAAUGGUUCCUCCUGGUACCUGGUUCCGAUACCUGGUUCACAAGCUCGAGUUUUCCAUGGCUCACAGCUGGAAGAGCUACAAAAGAGGUUUAAUUUCUGACAGAGAAGUAGGUGAUGCUGUCUGGAAGAAUCUAUUCCAGGGAAAGUUGACAUACUUACACUGGAAUAAAGGAGAGGAAAUGGUCCCUACUAUAGAUGCGCAAGGUGGGACUCUGCUUGUCCGGAAACUACCAGCGGCAGACCCAUCGCGUGUUUUUGUUGGUGAUGUAGUGGUCUUGAAGGACCCUGGGAAGCCACAAAAUUAUCUAGUAAGAAGAUUGGCUGCUACUGAAGGGUAUGAAAUGGUGUCUACUGAUGAAAAGGAUGAACCUUUUGUCCUUGACAAGGAUGAAUGCUGGGUGCUGGCUGACAACAAAAUGUUGAAGCCAAGGGAAGCCCAUGAUAGUCGAGUAUUUGGUCCUGUUUCCAUGGCAAGCAUAGUUGGCAGAGUCAUAUAUUGCCUACGAACGGCUGUGGACCAUGGCCCUGUGCAGAAUAGUCUUUAUAGCAUGCGGAGGGAUUCACCCAUAUUGCAAGUGGAACUUGACGUUGAUGAGAUGGCAAAAAAUCACAAAGCCUAAAAGCACUCCUGCAUAAACCACUGGCUUAGUUAGUUUGUAUUCAUCAGAUUUGGGAUGGUGGCCCAUUUUUGGUUGACCAGGUUGGCCGAAGUUGAGGAAUGGGGUCUUUUAUCUUUUCCUACCGAAGAAUAUGAAGCGGCCUGUACGAUUUGAGUUUCAAUUCACAAAGAUUAUUGUCAUUUAGAAAACUCCCUGCUUCCUCCUUUUCCCAGAAAAAAAAAAAAAAAAAAAAAUUCCGGUCAUGCUAAAUUCUGGAUGCUUACUAUAUAUGAAAUUUGGAACCUGGAAGCCAUGGAUUGGUUUCGUUUCAAAUAUAUAAAUUGAGCAACACUUUUUGUUUUU